UUCCUUGCACUGAUGAUCGACAGGCUGCACCACUACAUCAGGGAGCUUCGUCAGCUGAGAAAGACAAUGGAAGCUGCCAAGAAGCAGACCCGAGGCCUGGAUGACAGUAAGUUUGGCACCAACACAGAGGAGGCUAAAGCACUUGGCGAAGAGGUUGCUACUCUGCGCAGUAAGGUAAAGAAGCUCGAGGCCGAAUGUGAGGCCAAAACAAAAGCGGCGAAAGCUGCUGAAGAGGAAGCCGAGACUAUUAGGAAGCAGUCCGAAGGGUCCCGUACAGAGUAUGGUCGACUGCAAGAAGACAACCAAAGCCUUCGUAGCCAGAUUGAGUCGAUAGAAUCUGAGGGCAAGAAGGAUAUGUGACUCAUGACAUAAAAAGGAGAACUUUGUUACCAUGUUUGGUUGUCGUUCUAUACAGAUAUCUUGAAUAGGUUGUUAGGAGCAUUGAAGGACUAGAUGGUUUCACUUGUUGAAGGUAUUACAUCAUUUUCCCUUGUUCCAGUGCUCAAAGAUUGUGAAACCAAUGGAAGGUUAAUAUGAACAAAUGGGUUGGUGUAAAAAAAAUUUCGAAAUAGG